AUGGCGUCUGCUAUGUCACAAGAUCACAACAAGCUUGACUCAAAUCUUAUCGCUCAAAGCAUCAGAGAUCUUGUCAGCGACGACGCUUCAAUCAAGGUGAAAACUAUUAUCGCUCAUGUUCGUACAGUUUUCAACUACACGAUAUCUUAUAAAAAGGGAUGGCUUGCAAAGAACAAAGCAAUCGAGUCUAUUUAUGGAAACUGGAAGGCUUCAUACAACAACCUACCAGAAUGGUUGUUAGUCAUGCGAGAGCAUCUUCCUGAAACCGUAAUAGAACUGGAAACAUUGCCUGCAUAUUUAGAUGAUGGAACACAAAUUAGUGGUGCAAGAAUUUUUCAUCGCCUUUUUUGGGCAUUUCAACCUAGUAUCAGAGGUUUCGCCUAUUGCAAACCAAUUGUGCAAGUCGAUGGCACAUGGUUGUAUGGAAAAUAUAGAGGAACGUUGCUAAUGGUUGUUGCGCAAGAUGGGAACGGUAACAUUUUCCCAACCGCCUACGCAUUGGUUCAAGAUGAGACAGGAGGGGCUUGGAGUUUUUUUCUAAAAAAUUUACGGCUGCACGUGACCCCUCAAUCUGAUCUAUGUUUGAUAUCUGAUCGACACGAGUCUAUAAAGAGUGCGUACAACAACCCAGACAAUGGCUGGCAAAAUCCUCCUUCAGUGCAUGUGUAUUGCAUCAGGCACAUCGCACAAAAUUUUAUGCGAGCGAUCAAGGAUAAAGACCUCCGCAAGAAAGUUGUAAACAUGGGGUAUGCUCUGACGGAGUCUACAUACGCUUACUAUCGGGAGGAAAUCUGA